GGUUGCCGAAGUCAUCCGAGUGAAAGCGACUGUUGAGGAUCAGCUGACCGUGAAGCUCGGUCUGGCUGUCGUCCGUCGGCAAAACGUCUCUCAGUUUUUAGUGAAUCCGAAAGAAAAUCAGCCUCUGACUGAUCGAUAGGACCCAAGACCGACAUGCCGUCGCUUCUGUUCUGCGGGCCGAAGAUGGCCGCUUGCGGAAUAGUGAUCAGCAUCUGGGGGGUCAUCAUGCUGGCGAUGCUGGGAAUCUUCUUCAGCGCCAAGUCAGCCGUGCUGAUCGAGGACGUCCCGUUCACCGAGGAGGACAUUCAUAACGAUAAAAAUCCUCCUCAGAACAUCUACAGUCUGUACAACCAGGUCAGCAUCAACUGCUUCAUCGCUGCCGCCAUCUACGUGGCGGUGGGCGCCGUCUCCCUCUGCCAGGUCCGACUCAACAAGCGCCAGGAGUACAUGGUCACAUAAGGAGCCGCGGGGAGGACCCGAGCCUGACCUCUGACCUCCGACCGCCUGACACCGGCAGCUGCAGGUCAUCUUCUGUCCACGCAGUUUACAUUAGGAUUAUCUGAGUUCGGGGCGAUCUGGUGGUGACGGGAGGUGGUCGGGCGUCACCGGUCAGGCCCAACUAUUUAUCUUCAAGUGAAAAGCUUCCAUGUGUUUGUCGUCUGUUGUGAUGUUUGUUGUUGUUGUCGUUGUCGUCGUCGGAUGAAACCUUGCAUCAUUCCUUCGAACGGGUCAUUCAUUCAAACGACCAAACGCUGGGCCAUUUUGGCUUCAGAACUCCUGCAUGUCCCAUUUAUUUCCUGGAUUGGAAUUAACACCCUCAGCUAAAGCAGCAGAAGCUAACGUGAAAAGAAAUCAGCCCUUUCGGAGGUUUGGAGGUGACGCCUUGACAGUAGAAAGACGGAGUCACUUUUAUCAGUUUUAUAUAUUUUCUAGUUCUGAGCUUCAGCUUGAACGGAAGAAACAUGGUUGUACCCGCCAAAGUAAACGUGUCAAGGUGUCGCUUCCAGCGAGCUGCCGACAGCAAACCCACCUUCAGGUCCUCCCGCUGUUUUCUGAAGAAAUAAAAAUGUUGAAGUAAAAGUGUCCACAUGCCGUUUGUUACUAAAGCCACCGUGGCUCAAACUGAAAGGUGUUUAUGUGACAAAACAAUUAUGGUGGAUGAUCCUUUGCAAUAAAGUGAGUGUGUGUAAAGA